GUGAACUCGUCGAUAAAGACAUCUCUGUCUGUGUAUUACACUAACGUGAUGGUCGGGUACUUUUAAGAAGGAGAUGUCUAUGCUUUCUGAGGAUUUUGCAGCAAAGGAAAUGUAAAAGUGAUAGGUCUAGCCGUUUAAAACGGCAAUUAUGUGGGAAAUAUUGUGUUUUUCUUGCAGGUGGAAAGUGACAUACGAGGAAUUGGCAGUGUGAAACUGCAAAUAGUUUUUGUCGUCAGAUCAGAAUCUAUGAUUUGCUGUUAGGUACUACAAAAAAACUACGAAGAUGACAGAAAAAAGUGAAGAUCAGAAGGAACAGGUGGAAGACCAGAGCAGUGUACGGGUGGCAUUAAGAAUCCGUCCCCAGCUGGCACGCGAGAGGAUAGAUAUGUGUCAGGUGUGUACGACGGUGCUACCUGGUGGUCAACAGGUGAUGCUGGGUAAAGAUAAGGCCUUCACCUUCGACUACACCUUUGACAUUCCCACACAUCAACAUGAGAUCUACGACAAAUGUGUCUUCAAACUUAUCGAAGGGUGCUUUGACGGAUACAACGCCACAGUAUUUGCCUAUGGACAGACAGGAUCGGGGAAGACAUACACCAUGGGUACAGGUUUUGAUGUUGAUCAGAGUGAGGAGGAGGAGGGAAUCGUACCCCGGGCUGUCAGUCAUCUUUUUCGAGGAAUACAGGAACGUCAACAAAAAGCCAAAGAGCGCAAUGAACCCCAACCUGACUUCAAAGUGACUGCUCAGUUUAUAGAGCUGUAUAAUGAAGAGAUUUUUGAUCUGCUUGACAUCACACGGGAUCCCGAGUCAAGGGGGAAGAAAUCCCACAUAAAGAUACAUGAGGAUGCUACUGGAGGAAUCUAUGUUGUAGGUGUAACAACACGGCCUGUUGUCUCUCCAAAGGAUACUAUGCAAUGUUUAGAAAACGGUGCUUUAUCUCGGUCCACUGCCAGUACGAACAUGAAUUCUCAGUCAUCACGGUCACAUGCCAUCUUUACCCUCACCAUCAAACAACACCGCGUCGUCAAGGAUGAGUGUCUUGAUGAGGAAGGUAAAGAAACGGAUUCCACACAAGACCUGAAUGAAUUUGAGACGUUGACUGCCAAGUUCCACUUUGUUGACUUGGCUGGCUCGGAGAGGUUAAAAAGGACAGGAGCUACAGGUGAUCGUGCCAAAGAAGGAAUCUCAAUUAACUGUGGUCUGCUUGCCCUUGGUAAUGUGAUAUCAGCUUUAGGAGACAAAACUAAAAAAGGAUCUCAUGUCCCUUAUAGGGACUCCAAACUAACUCGACUACUCCAGGACUCCUUAGGGGGAAACAGUCGGACAUUAAUGAUAGCUUGUAUAUCUCCAUCUGACCGCGACUUUAUAGAGACACUUAAUUCACUUAAAUAUGCCAAUAGGGCACGCAAUAUAAAGAACAAGGUGAUAGCUAACCAAGACAAGGCUAGUAAACAACUGGCCGCACUACGCUCCGAGAUCACACUACUACAACAGGAACUGUUAGACUACAAAACGGGUAAAACAACAGUUGAUGCUGAUGGUGUGGAAAGUGUAAAUGAUAUGUUUCAUGAAAAUACAAUGUUACAACAUGAAAAUGAUAAGUUAAUGCUACGAAUAAAAGCCCUAAACGAAGCUAACGAAACGUUAAAGGAAAGGAAUACACAACUACUGCGGGAGAGGGAGACUCUUGGUAUCCUCAAUAUAGCAGAAGAUGCUAGAGCUGGAGAAGUACAGAAGUUAAUAGAAGGUUAUUUAAAGGAGACGGAAGAAUUGAGAAGUAAAUUAGCUGAGUCCGAAGCUAUGUUACACACAAUGAAGCGACGCCAGAUGACAUCACGAGUCGCUAUGACUCCGAUGUCUCCAAUGCAGCAGUUGAGCAGUAGUAUUAACCUCAGUAGCAGUAUGACUAUAGAGACUCCCGACCCCGACAACAUGAUUACCUCAAUACUAGAGGAAGCCAAAAAAGACAUCAAACAACUCCGCAAAGCACGAAAGGUCAAGACUCGGCAUAGCCACAGUAGCGAUAAGGAGAACAUCAGUGAGGAUGAGAAAGAACAGAAUAAUUCUGAGUCCAAAGUAGAUGAGGAAGGGGAGGAGAACAAAGAUGACAAAGAGAAGGAACAGGGCAAGGAAGAGGAGGGAGAACAGAAUGGCGAGAUUUUGGAAGAUGACCUCGAGGAGGAGUUAGAGGACCUUGUUAAUUCUUCUGAGGAAGAGGAAGAAGAGGAAUCAGAGGACGAAGACAAAGUGCAACUGUUCCUGGAUUAUUGGUUAGAAUGGGCAGACUCUGAUAAUAUUCAUGAAGAUUUAGCGGAAUUGACUUGUGAAAUCUCCAUCAAACAAAAGCUUGUGGAGGAGCUUGAGCAGAGUCAGCGUCGACUACAUUCCAUGAAAACCCAGUACGAGGAAAAAGUCAUACUGUUACAGCAUAAAAUCAAGGCCACAGAACAGGAGCGUGACAAAGUCCUGGCUAAUAUUAAUCAAGUUUCGACAAGCAACCAUGAUCAAGUGAAGAAAGUAAAAAUGGAUUUUGAGAAGAAAUUAUCGGUCCUCCAGACAGACCUGAAGAAGAUGCAGGCUGCUAAAAAGGACCAUGCCAAACUUGUCAAAAACCAGUCUCAUUACGAAAAACAGUUGAAAACUCUCCAGCAUGAACUCGGUGAAAUGAAAAAGACAAAGGUGCGUCUCAUGAAACAAGUGAAAGAGGAAGCUGGGAAAUCUCGACAGACAGAAUUACGAAGGAACAAAGAAGUUACACAGCUGAGAAAGGAACAGCUCAAAAAAGAGAACAUUAUUCGAACGCUGGAGAAAGCAAGCAAGCAUCGAGAGGUCGUUCUAAAGAGGAAACAGGAGGAGCUAGAAGAGGUUGAGACUCUGAGAAAGAAAAAUAUGCCAAAUAUGUCGGCUAGAACAGCAGGUCGUGUGGGUAGAUACGAGAGGCCAGUAACGAUACCCAUAGGUCCGUCAUCCACAAGAAGACGAAGACGAGGGGAUUUCUCGGCAAAGGCUGCAAAGCAGAAAUGGGAUGCCAUUGAGAAAAACAUUGGGUCUGUGAUAAACAAAAAACAAACAAUAGCGUACAUGGAGCGGGACAUGGAUGUCUGGUUAAAGUACAGAGAAAAAAUCUGUAAGAAGAUGGAAAAGUACACAAAAAGACGAGAUGCUGCCAUAGCAAACAGUCGGGAUCCCAAAGAUGUUAAAGCCCUGAGUGACACAGUUGAAACACUGAACCUACAAGUCCAGCAGUCACAGGAGAACAUCACAGAGUGUCAGGCCAACAUCAUGCAGAUGGAAGAGGCUAAGGAGGAGGGAGAAAAUUUAGAUAUCACGGCCAUUAUGACCACAGCUAAUCUGGAGGAGGGCCGAUAUCUCCUUGACCACUUCAUGCAGAUGUCCAUCAGUAGGGGUAUGUUACUAGCCCAGAAGGAACAUGAGGUACGGGAACUGCAGGCCCAGCUCCACCAGACCGAGCUCAACAAUACCCUACAACAGGACCUGCUCAAACACAUGAUCAAUGACCGAGUGGACAUUGAAGUGGACAACCUGAUGACCAAUGGUUUGGACGAAAUGGACACAUCCACAAGCUCUGCUUCCUCGUCACCAGCAGAAAGCAUGUUUGAAAGUCAGGUACCACCCCAGCCUGCCCAGCUUCCCCCAGGGAUGACACUUGGUGAUUUGGGCAAAAGAGACAAGGAAUUUCGUAGGUCAUUACCGGCUCGCAGACGGACGGCCACGCCGGACGAACUGCUAUACGCAGAUGCCCAGGCGUUGGAUGUAAAGCCACCUCUGCACACCCUGCCGGAAACUCCAGAGGAGGAACGACUUGCCAUGAAUGAUUAUACGGGGAAAAUACCACCCGAGGUCUUUAAUGGGGCAGAAAGCCAAACGCUGAUGCCCCCUCCCAGACAGUUACCGAUCAAGGUUGCCUCCUCCAGUCUACCACGGAGAUCAGACCCAGGGCCAUCCCCAGUAUUCCGACGUAAAGAGUACACACGACCUAGCCCUGACCCGUCCCCGAUCUUAAGGAGGAAGAACAAUCCCGUGGUGCUGUCCCGUUCCAGUUCCCUAGACACAACCUCCUCAGACACAACCCCACCGUCCUCACCUACAUCAACGCGCCGAGCAGCCAGAAACACAGGGGACAAUGUCUUCUCCCGCCUCACCAGUAAUACCCAGCCUCCCUCCAUCAAUCCUCCAAAUAGGGGAAGUAUUGUACCUAACAACGGUCGGAUUGCGGCACCAAGCAAGGUCACCCCAGUAGUGUGUACACACACAGCUGAGGGACACACCAAGGCUAUCCUCUGUGUGGAUGCUACGGAGGAUCUCCUCUUCACCAGUAGUAAAGACCGCACAGCCAAGGUGUGGGACCUCCAGACAGGACGGGAGGUCUUGUCCCUUGGAGGACAUCCCAACAAUGUCCUCAGAGUCAAAUACUGUGAGCAGCAACGGCUCGUCUUCACCGUGUCACAGUCCUACAUCAACGUGUGGGACAUCCGAACCAGUCCGGCACAGUGUGUCAAAACUCUAAGUUCUUCUGGUCUUACGGAUGACGGACCUGUCAACUUUGCCUCACAGCGACAGAUUGAACUGCCCCCUGGUGAGCACCACAUCACAGACAUCGCCCUCAAUAAAGACGGGACGGCUCUCUAUAGUGCAGCGGGAAGUGUUGUCAGGGUGUGGGACCUUAAAAGCUUCAGUGCAGUUGGCAAGUUGAAUGGUGGCCACCAGGCAGCAGUGAUGGUGUUGGCUGUAGACAAAAAGGGAAUCAACGAUAUGGUCAUUACUGGCUCCAAGGAUCACUACAUCAAGGUAUUUGAGGUGCUGGAGGAGCGGGCUGGAAUCAUGGUACCCAAACAUAACCUAGAGCCUCCCCACUACGAUGGGAUCCAGUCCCUGGCUAUCAAUGGAAGUACACUGUUCAGUGGGUCUCGGGACAUGUGUAUCAAAAAGUGGGACCUCACAACAAACAAACUCAAACUGUCUCUGAACUCGGCCCACAAGGACUGGAUCUGUGCUCUAGGAUUUAUGCCCAGCAGUGAUAUCUUGUUGAGUGGCUGUCGUAGUGGCUUCCUCAAACUAUGGAACGUGGACACUUGUCAGGCCCUAGGUGAUAUCAAAGCCCACAUCAUGCCUAUCAACUCCAUAGCUACCAACUCCAACUCCAUCUUCACUGCAUCAAAUGAGCCUGUGGUCAAAAUGUGGCAGUACCGUCGCACUCAGACAUUGACCACACUGUGGGAAUCUGGAAACUUAAAUCGCUCUCCGACUCCGGUGAAUCCAGUACAGCAGUCACACCAACAGAAACCCUGGCGUAAAUUCAACAAAUCACUGGCUCCCUCUGGUGUAAAAAUUUACAACAGCUAUGGAGGAACCAAACCAUCGAGUGUAAAAAUUGACAGCCUAUUUGUAUCGAAAAAGUCAUCAGAACCAAAAAGUGCUAAUUACAGGACGAAUAAGAACAGCAUUGGAACAAAUAGACUACACAAGAUUCUUUGACACAAACUUCCGUCAAUACUGACUUUCCGGAUGCCUUGUGCUUCCAGCUGGAUUUGUCCCAACAAGUAUUCAACAGGAUUCCGCAGGAGUUGUGAUUGCUAAAGCUUACCAAAGGUUAAAGUUCAAGGUCGUAAUUUAUUUUUCACGUAAUCAUGAUUGAAAACCUGGAGUAGCUUCAAACACUCCUGAAUCAUCAGCACCUGCUGUCACAGGUAUGUUGAUUGUGGUGUAGACAUGUACAGACAGACAGAGAAUGGCAGAUCUGUCAAAAUGGCAAUGAUUAAUGAAAAUACAUGGCAUUGAAUCUCGAAUUGAUGAGGAGUGGUUGAUUGCUAAUGUAAGAAAUUUGAUCAUGCUUCAGUUUCAUCAGUAUUCCUGAACUUAAAGAAAUAUCUUAAUUGAAAAUUUUUAAAAGGAAAGCAUUGCACUUAACUAAGAUUUUCCCCUUAAAUCUAAUUAUGCUUGCCUAUGGAAAAUUUCAUAUUAAGGAAUUUCCUUUGGUUAAAGGACACUUGAUAAAACCGGGCAAGGUCAUGUAUAGCAUUGCUACAGAUCAAUUUUAGUAGUUCUUAAGGUAGAAACCACUAAAUGAAUUGACCUUCUAUCACAAGAACUUUAUUAUCAAUUUUUCGCAUACAUGUCGCUAUUAUUGUACUUAAAAAGAUUACUAAAAUGGAGCAUUUCAUAAAAAUGGAAUAACUAAAGUUAUUUUUUCAGAGUACUGUAUUAAAAUAAUGUAUCCAAAUUAAAAAUUGUCAACAAUGACAUUUAAGAUAUUUCAAGGACAUGUUUCUGUCCGUAAACCUAUAUAACAUAUGUAUGUCUGCAUGAAUGAGAAAGAGGGUGUGAAUUAUUUGUAAAUAUUUUUGUGUCGGAUGAAGGAUUAAAAAUAAUUCAAAGUUUUGUGCACUAAACGGGUUUAUUACUGUUAUCCUUGUCAAUAAGGGUUUUCUGUUUUUCAGUAAUGAUAUGUUGUUUGUAAUUUAUCAAAAUAACUUUGUCAGUGCUGUGAGUGAAGACUAUAGCAGUUGGUUUAAAUCUGACAAUGAGAUACUGGCAAGAAGAAAAAUAGUAAAUAGUGAAGAAUAUUUGAUGAGUAUUUCUGCACCAUUCAUUGCUGUGGUAAGAAAUGUUGAUAAUCUAUGAUAAUGGUUGUGAAAUUAAUCCUCAGCUAGAUUACAGGUAUGUUGAUAGAGUCUUUCUUUAACUUUGUUAAAUAUGCUGAUACAUUUGUAUAUAUUUUCUGUAUCUGUUUUGUUAAACGCUGUCAGAGGCACUCUUCAAAUUAUGUGGAACCUCAUACUUUUUUCUUGGCACAUAAUUUGUUAAAGCAUUUGUCAAUAAAUAAAAUGUAAGCUGAUUUGCUAUACAUGUAGAUAAGACGUCUGGAAAUCUGAAAAAA